AUUUCCUUGAAGGUUCCAUCUCUUGCCUAUUUAAUGUAAAACCGGGUGUCUACACCUAAAGCCUACAGUUGUAAAUAUUGAUCUCUCUCCCUUUAUUCCUUAUCUUUCGUGUAACUUUUUCUGUUCUUCCUUAUAUUGGUCUCUCUCCCUUUAUUCCUUCUCUUUCUUCUAAACUUUUUUUAUCUUUUUCUUUCUUGGAAAAUCAUGAACCCUCAUUGUGAAGCAAAAAGAAACAAAAAAAACAACAAAGAAGAACAAGAUGAUGAAAUAGAAUCAACUAAAACAUUUCAAACUCUUCCUCCAGAAAUCAUUGUCAAUGUACUUUCAAGGCUUCCGAUCUCAUCUCUGGUGCAGUUCAAGUACACUUGCAGAGCUUGGAGUAUGUUAGCACAAGAUCCAAACCUUCUUCAUGAUUUGUGGAACUCACACAUAGCAUCACAAAGCAACAAUAAUAUGUGCCUCAUCUUUCACUGUGACUUUCCAAUCAGAAACCAUCUCUAUUUCUUGGAUUUCCCAUCUGAACACAACAGCAGCAGCGACUACAAACAGACAGUGAAAAGAAUCAGAACACCAUUCUCUGAUUCAAUGCCUGAAUACGACUUGGUAGGUUCUUGCAAUGGUUUUCUGUGCUUAUCUGAUUCUUUAUAUAGCAAUUCUGUUUAUAUAUACAACCCUUUCAAGAGGGAUUGCAUAGAAUUGCCUAAAACUGUUCAUUACCCAAAUCAAGACGUGGUAUAUGGAUUUGGUUGUCAUUCAGAAAUCAGGGAAUACAAGGUUGUGAAAAUCAUCUACUGCAGGAAAGUAAAUAGAGGCCAACAUGAUCACCAUAGAUAUACCGUUCCACCAUCAGAUGUUCAGAUUUUCACAUUGGGAGACUCAAAUUGGAGAAGUUUGGGAAAAGUACACCACCACCUUGUUCAGUGGCCAGAGCCGGUCUUAGUUAAUGGAAGACUUCAUUGGUUGACUAAGGUUCAAAGGAACUUGUUAGAUUGUGCUAUUAUCUCCUUGGACCUUGCAGAUGAGCAAUUCAGAGUGGUACCAAAACCUGAUCAUGAUGAUGAUGAGGAUGAUGAAGAGGAUGAUGUGUUGAAGAGGUCUUGUUCUCAUCUAAUGGUGCUUAGAGGUUGUCUAGCUGCAGUUUUUCAAUGCAGCAAUCGAACAUUGGAGAUAUGGGUCAUGAAGGAAUAUGAUGUGAAAGAAUCAUGGGUCAUGGAAUUCAACAUACCAAUCCAAAUGCUUCAGGAACCAGAAUUGGAAGUGAAUCCUUGCUUCAAGAUUUCGAAACUUGCCGGUAAAAAAAGUUGUUUUCGAGUUUUGUGCAUGUUGAAUAAGAGUGAGAUCUUGUUGGAGUACAAGAGCAGGGUCCUUAUUGCUUAUAAUCCAGAUAGUGAGAAGUUCAGGAAUGUUGUGUUUGAAGGUAUGCCUAAGUGGUUUCAGAUUGCUGUUCAUGUUGGCAAUUUCAAUGCCAUUGGUACUUUUUAUUAGUAUGUAACUUCAAAAAAAAUAAAUAAAUAAAUAAUAUGCAACUUCUUUCC